AUGAAAGUAUCUAUGAAAUUCAAUCAAUUAGCUAGUGAAUUAUCUGCAACUACUACAAAUCCACCAUCAGCAAUAACAAUAGCUGAUUUAGAUACUGAUGAAAUGCCAAUUCGAUCUCGUAGAGAUGCAAAUAAAUCAAUUGUUUUUUCUGUAACAUGUCUUGGACGUUAUCAAUUAGAUAUAGUUUAUGACUUUCUACGAAAAUUUUCAUCUUGUGUUACUCAAACAACGCAUUUAAUAACAAAGGAUGAUAAACAUACAUUACGUUUACCAUUAUCAAUAGAAUUAAUUGAAGCUAUAGCUAAUCAUUAUUUUUGUGUUUCAUAUCGUUGGUUAAUUGAUUAUAUUAAAUAUGAUCGAAUUGUUGAUAAAGAUGCAUGUAAAAUUGAAGGUGAUGAUACAGAUUAUCAGUCUCAAGGUGGUCCAAAACGGUCACGUUCAAUUGAUAAACGUCAUUCAUUUUUUGAAAAUAGAUGUUUUAUGAUUAAAUUUACGGAAAAUAAUGAUAUUAAAAUGACAAAUGAUCUUUUACAAGACUUAAUCACAACAGGUGAUGAACGCAUAAUAACAUGCGUGACACAAAGGAAACACAAAAGACGUACUCAUCAUGUUACAGACAAUUUUUCUUCAAAUAAAUUAAAUAAUGAUUUAAGUCCAAAAAACUCUAUUAACAAUGAAAGUGUCUAUGAAAUUCAACCAAUAGCUAGUGAAUUAUCUGCAACUACUACAAAUCCACCAUCAGCAAUAACAGUAACUGAUUUGGAUACUGAUGAAAUGCCAGUUCGAUUUCGUAGAGAUGCAAAUAAACCAAUUGUUUUUUCUGUAACAUGUCUUGAACGUUAUCAAUUAAAUAUAGUUGAUGAAUUUCUACGAAAAUUUUCAUCUUGUGUUACUCAAACAACGCAUUUAAUAACAAAUGAUGAUAAACAUACAUUACGUUCACCAUUAUCAAUGAAAUUAAUUGAAGCUAUAGCUAAUCAUUAUUUUUGUGUUUCAUAUCGUUGGUUAAUUGAUUAUAUUAAAUAUGAUCGAAUUGUUGAUGAAAGUGCAUAUGAAAUUGAAGGUGAUGAUACAGAUUAUCAUUCUCAAGGUGGUCCAAAACGUUCACGCUCAAUUGAUAAUCGUCAUUCAUUUUUUGAAAAUAUAUGUUUUAUGAUUAAAUGUACGGAAAAUAAUGAUAUUAAAAUGGCAAAUGAUCGUUUACAAGAUUUAAUCACAAUAGAACGACGUCAUAAUUAUGAUCAAUGUCGUUCAUUAGGUAUAACAUUUCGUUUCAUCCGAUUUUCGUUACAUGAAGAACUUCAUCAUAAUUGA